AUGAAUUCACUUUAUCAAGUGGAUGAGCUUGUCAAAGAGUACUUGCUGGUCGAGAAGAUUAUCGAGGAAUUAUUAGGUGCGAUUGCCAAUGGUGAUAUCCAAGCAUUAAUCGAUUAUUAUCGCUAUUUGGAUGUUCGAUUUUUUUCUCGGUUAGAUAGUCGAUUUCAACCACUCCCCUAUAUCAAGAAUCCAUCCAAUGACUCCACUUUUGAAACAUUCUUUUCGAAACAAUGGGUGGAUAAUUAUACCAUAUCUCUUCACAACUUUCUUGCCACCACCUUUCAAAAUAUGCGCAAUCUACUCUCGUUCAAUAUCGACCGUAUCCAACGCAAAACCCAACAAGGCGAAAUUGAAACCCUCAAAUCCACCGUGGAAAACCAAAAGGCCACGUUAGAAUCUCGAGAGAAUGAUAUUGCAAAGUUGAAACAUCAAGUAGCAGAAACAAGGAAAGAAAUGACGGAUGGUAUAUCCAUGAUUCGUCGUCGUGCCGCCUCUUCUUCCACAGACCAUCACUUAUUAAAACCCACAACCUCUACUGCACUACCUAGAAAAUCCAAUUCAGAAUCCACUCAACAUUUGGCACCCAUCGAACAUGAAGAACCCUUUCUUAUUGUCAGUCAGGAUGAAUUUGCAGAACAUGCGUCAGCUAUCACGCAUGCCAAAUUCUCGAGUGAGGGAGAACUCAUUGCCAGUUGUGAUAUGGAUAACAUUGUGCGCAUCUGGAGUUAUAAAGGUCAAUCCUUCAACCCACUCAAAAUCAAAAAUACCAGCUCCAAUGUGCUAUCUCUCGAAUGGGAUGCACGCUCGGAUCGAUUUGUAAAAUUCAUCAUGGACGAUCAUUACCCUUGGGUCAACCAAUUAUCUUCCAGUCCCAUUGAACCCAUUUUUGUUUGUGCUGGAUCGGGUAAUAAAAUUCAUCCGGGAAGUAACACGUCGUCAAGCGCUUUGGUUGCCUGGAGCAUGAAAACCAUGUCAGCCUGUUUGAACCAUAACGGUCAAAUGCUGGUAGCGGGUGAUACGGAUGGAUUGAUGCGCAUUUUUGGUAAGUCUUGA